UAAAUUCCAUAAAGAGUAAAGUUAGCUUUACUUCUGCCGCGGUUGUCGCAUGGGUUUCUAGGGUCGAGAAGUGAGGACUUCCUUAUUGAGUGCGAUUGGAGUUGGGCACUGCCUAAUUUACUGCCAUAUACCUUAUCGUUGCCCAAAAGAAUUUUAUAGAUGAUGGAGUGAAUACCAGAAGCAUCAAUGAAUAAAACACCCAACUACUUUGAGUCGUCCUACUUUAUCCAUCAGAGGUACGAGGACACAUCGCUAAUGAUAUUUCAGCAGCAGCAACGUAAGAAAAAAGAUCUUAACUUUGCUACAAGUACAAAACGCCCACUAUCAGUGGAGGUUGACCCUAGUAACCAUGUGGAGUUUGGUAACUAUGGUAACAGAGGCGUGGUGGCUCGACAAGAAGGCAUCAACCACAUGAAAAUGGAUUCCACUCAUGUUCAGUCAAGUGUUUGUAGCAUAGUAUAGCCACACACAUCCAUUACCUGCUUUCCUUGGACCUUCUCUUUUACAUUCCUGUCAUAUCAUUAUACACCAUUUUAUUUAACAUUUAAACUUGUUAACAUUGUGUAAUCACCUGUGCUUGUCCUCAUAGCUUCUGUUUCAUGCUUGUGACUUAUUUAUCAAUACAGAAAAGGAACUUGUGUAAAACCAAACUACAAUACAUUUAUUUCCAAUCACAGCUGUUGUGAUAUCAUGUUGGUGUGAAUCUCAUAACAAGGAGACACUAGAUCUUUAUCAUACCAAGCUAAUUCACCUCAAAAAUACUCCUUAUUAUAUUUUGCCAUGGAGCUACACCCAAUGCUUGAUUCAGACACCAUGCCCAAUACGGGGCUAUGGUAUGUAUUAUCAACCUUCGGAGACAGCCCUUCAAUCCGUGUCGGCCAUACCUGUUCUUUUGUUAAGGGAUCAAAGCCUGGUGACAAUGGCAGGCUGUACGUCAUUGGUGGGGCAAAUCCUAGUGGUGCUUUUUGCGAUACCUUCUACAUGGAUCUGAACACCAUGCAGUGGGACAUUGUUGACUACCCAGGAUUCCGGGCCAGAUAUGAACAUGCUGCUUUUGUACCUGUAAGUACCCCCGAUAAGAUAUAUGUAUUUGGUGGUGCAGAUCCAACUGGAAACAUGAAUGAUAUCCAAGUGUUGGACACAUCCUCAAACUCCUGGUCUACCCCUGUCAUCACAGGCAAGCCACCAACCCCUCGGACAUUCCACACUACAGCAGUGGUAGGAGACCGAUUCAUUGUGUACAGUGGAGGUCACAGUGGCCCUGACCCUGUAGGUGACAGGCAAGUCCACUCUUUUGAUUCAAAGUCUGGUUCUUGGUCAAUUCUUCACGUGCAAGGAGAUUCACCCAAACCCCGUCAUGGUCAUGUGAUGGUUGGUAUUGGAAACCGUUUGUUUAUUCAUGGAGGUAUGGCUGGGGCUUCCUUUUAUGAUGAUCUUCAUAUACUCGACCUCAACAAAAGGUGCUGGUCUAAUGCUAGGAAGAAGAAAGUGUUUCCAUCUGCCCGAGCAGCUCACUCUGGUAUGGCCUACCAGACAGACCUUUAUAUAUUCGGUGGAAUGAAUAGAGAAGGAGCCCUUGAUGACUUGCACAAACUAGACACAGUAUCUAUGGUAUGGACUAAGAUUGAGCUACAGGGCCCACCACCUGCCUGCAGACUAGAUUUCGGCAUGUGUUACCUAGAACUAGAGCGUGCUUUUCCGGAUGCAGCUGAAGAUGAUGACAUUAUUGGAGCUACAUUGGAUGCCCAAGAGGUUCUGGACCGUGAGCUGAAGCCCGGCAGUGCCAGUUCCCGGGGAAGUAGUGUCAAACCAGGAAGUGCCAGUUCUCGGGACAGCUUCUCUCUAAGAGAUCUAAAACCAGGCAGUGCUAGUUCUAGGGAUAGCAGACAUGACACCAGCUCUGAGAGUUCCAGUCAAGAUACAGAGGGAACUCAGAAUCUCCCUGACCUGAUGCCAGACCUCCAAGGUGCAGAGGGACCAGGGGACCCCCAAGAUCUAUUGUCUGACAAGGAAGAGGAGGAAGAGGAGGAGACACCUAGGCCAGAAGGAGCAACAGGUACCAACGAUGUCAACAUACCCCCUAACACCAUGACAUUGAAAUUCUGUCUCAUCCAUGGAGGCAUGGACACAGAGGGUGAAAUUUUUGAUGACGCCCUUCUUUAUGUUAUUCCCAAGUCUGAACAGUAGUUUGAUGUUGAGUGCCAUAAGGCUGCUCUGUGUGUAGAAGUUCUAAGAGGUAAAGUCUUGUGUAUAUGUUACAUGAAGAAGUGAUGCAAGAACAAUAUAUGUUGUGUAGCUUGGCCUCUGUUAACCUGGGAUGCUUUUUGUAUUUAUACAAGUCCAAACAUGACACCUGAUUGUAUUUUUAUGAUUAAGAUAAUGUGUUCAAUUCAUCCAAAUAAUUAGUCAUGAUACUGGAAGGAGUUAUCCUUCAGACUGCAUCCAAUAGAUCAAACUUUUUUUCAAACUUUUGAAUGUAGUACUUUUUAGAUUAAAUGAAGUUUUCGUUUGAAGAAAUUAAUGGUCAUUUCUUAAUUGCUAUUUUUCAAACAUUCAUAUUUCUUAAACCAAAUCCAUGUUCCAGGUGUAACACAUCUUAAUAGAGAGAUGGUUUUGAAAUAUUUAUACUUUGAGUGGCAAGUAUUAAAUCAAAUGUCUUAAUACAAACCAGCUGAUGACCUGUUCAGAAGGAGUAAUAUCAUGAUAAAUGUAUUUGGUACAGAACAUGUAAUAAUUUUGCCUUCAGUCCAGUUUGCGUGAGAGUGACUGGGUUAUAACUAAGUUGGUAGGCCUUUUAAUAUGAAAUUUACAUUGUAUUUGAACAGUUUUGUUUCCCACAGCUGCCAAAUCUAUUAUUAUGUUCAGUACUAGUAUAAGACUAUUUGAACCAGUAACAUUUUAUUUACAUGUAUGGAUCACACGAGAGAACACCCAAUAAAGAGAUUAUAUGGAUGAUGGGUUCUGAAGGAAAUAUAAUGUAUUAUAUUGUUUACCCCGGUAAAUUCAUCAAUUCUCUUAGUGUUCUCUAUUGGCAAAUUUUGAAUCCACUGAUGGAGUAAAUAUUUUACAGGAAGAGCCUUUUAUUCUGAUGUGUCUUUAAAAUUGGUAGAUCUCUAGUACAAGUAGAUAGGCUGAUAAAGACACAGUAUGUUUUUGGUUGAUCUGAUAGAAUUACUUAACACCAUAUUUGGCCUCGUGCUCCUUCUUAGUAGUGUUUAUAGUUCCUAUAUGCUUUAGAACAUUGUCUCAAAAGGGUUAGUUAUUUGUGUCUUCAAAACAAAAAUAGAUACUUAAAGGGUUAGUUAUUUGUGUCUUCAAAACAAAAAUAGAUCACUUUUCUUCUGGUGCACAGGGACAUAUCGUUACUAUUGAAAAACAUUUCAAAGCUUGAACAACGGCUUUCAGACCUAUAAGCUAAAAUUAUUAUACAAAAACUUAAUAUUUACAAAUUAGACAAGAUAUUUUAGAGAAUUAAUUUGUGAUGCACUACAAAGAAACUGCAAUUUUUUUAAAUGUCUAAAAUGUGAAGAUCUGUUUAUUGUUUUACACUUGAUUUUUUAUGACUGAAUGCAGAUCUCUUGUUUGUGUUAUUUUUUACAAAUUAGAUAUAUGAUUAUUAUUAUAAUUCCUGAUUAUAACCAUUUACAGACUAAUUGAACAGGGUCAGACCUUAAGUAAAAAUAUGUUUUGUGUCUAAAUAUUCUUUUAUAGCUAUCAAUUGUCAAAACCAGUUACACAGAUCUCUAUGUUUGUGUUGAACGUUAAUGGAGCUUUUGUUGUAAAGUAUACAUGUGUAGACCAGCCAUAUAUAUAAGAAUAAGCCCAAGAUUUACCCAAGAUAAAAAAUAUCUUCAUUUGUUUGUGGAAUAGCUUUAAUUUAUUUAGUCACAGGUAUCAUUUCAUGAGAAAAAUUAAAAGAUUUCCUCACACACAACAAAAAUGAAAGUCCUAAAAACCUACCAGAAAUCAAAAUUUCAUACUUUAUUCAUAAAUCAAAAUCAUACAUACCAGUCUUUGGUUCUCACUGCCAUACGUAAAAUGUUUGGCACCAACAGGGUUCUAGGUGUACAUUACCUGUCUCACACUGCAGUCUUUGUGACUUUUACCCUAUAUGUUAACAUCUCUGGGACUUUACCAUAGAAACUCAUACAUGGUAUGUUGACUGUCUCAUGCAGUAGUCUUUAGGACUAGUGAAAAGGAUGCUUCUUUUUUUCUUUUUUGCAGAAACCAUAAAUAAACCAUAAAUCUGUAUGUGUUUUUUCCCUGAAGAUUUAUUGACCAGUCUUUUCUAUGAGUUAAUUUUAUCCUCAGAAAUACAAGGAAUAACAGCACCUAUCGAGAUUAACAUUUUACAGUACCUGGUGUGUUGUCUGGGGGUUUCUGAUGUUUUAUGGUGUGAUUUAUGUCAACAAUGAUGUUACCAGAUGGAAGUCAACAACUGUGGUUACUGACACCUAAACUGAAGCUCAUAUAACUAUAGGUUGUAUCUAAAUAUUAUGUAGGUGUUUGUACCUUAGAGUUACCUGUGUUUAUUGAUCAGUUUACUUUUUAGUGAAUCAUUUAUUUCUAUGGAUUUUUCUUCUUUUCUAAGUGUUUAUUAAAUACCCACCUACAUGUAGAACUCAAUUUUAUGCAUUUAAUCUCAUAUUGAAAACUUGUACUUAUGAUAACUUUAAUUGGAAAUGAUCUGAUUAUUAAAUGCCAAGUGUUUAGUUACAAAAUUUUAUAGUCAGAUGUUAACACAUGUUAUGAAUACAGCCAUGUUAUUUUAUUUACCAGUUUUUACCAAUUAUUUACAAUUUCGGAUCUUCCUCACAUGCAUAUAAUGCAAAAGAAAAAUGGAAAUACAAUGUAGUCUAUUAGAGAACUGCCCGGCUGUGUACUAUUGUAUAGUGAGCCAGCUGUGUACUACUGUAUAGUGAGUCAGCUAUGUACUACUGUAUAGUGAGUCAGCUAUGUACUACUGUAUAGUGAGCCAGCUGUGUACUACUGUAUAGUGAGUCAGCUAUGUACUACUGUAUAGUGAGCCAGCUAGUGUACUACUGUAUAGUGAGCCAGCUAUGUACUACUGUAUAGUGAGCCUGCUGUGUACUACUGUAUAGUGAGCCAGCUGUGUAUUACUGUGUAGUGAGCCAGCUGUGUACUACUGUAUAGUGAGUCAGCUAUGUACUACUGUAUAGUGAGCCAGCUGUGUACUACUGUAUAGAGAACCAGCUGUGUACUACUGUAUAGUGAGCCAGCUAUGUACUACUGUUUAGUGAGCCAGCUGUGUACUACUGUAUAGUGAGCCAGCUGUGUACUACUGUAUAGUGAGCCAGCUGUGUACUACUGUAUAGAGAACCAGCUGUGUACUACUGUAUAGUGAGCCAGCUGUGUACUACUGUAUAGUGAGCCAGCUGUGUACUACUGUAUAGAGAACCAGCUGUGUACUACUGUAUAGUGAGCCAGCUGUGUACUACUGUAUAGUGAGUCAGCUAUGUACUACUGUAUAGUGAGCCAGCUGUGUACUACUGUAUAGAGAACCAGCCGUGUACUACUGUAUAGUGAGCC